CAAAAACAGCUUCAAGUGCUCAUUUCAGAUUUUUUAUUUGUAUUAUUAUUUUUUUUAUAAAUUCAGGGAGUAAGGUGCGGUCAGAACAGGUGAGUUUACAGUCAUGCUGAUAUCAUUGUAGAUAAUUUAUGAUGCUCAUCAGAGCCAGCAAAACAAAUGCAUUAUGAAAAGGACAAACAUGCAUCACACACACACACACACACCCACACACACACACACACACACACACACACAAUGCCCAGCUAAUCCCAGUGUUGACUCUUGGAUCAUGUGGAUCAUUCUGGAUGUCUGUUGUGUCUGUGGCAGUGGUGAGCAUGUGACCCUGGGUGUGCUGUGAGCAAAAUUAAAAGCUUUAAUGCCGGUUUGACUGACAGCCAACAGACUUUAGUAACUCCCCUUACUCUGGCUCUCAAUACAGUGUGGGAAUAAAAAGAGAGCAACAUCAUUCUAAUACUAUCAGCUUGUUACUGUUGGUUUUGCCCUCACUUGUUAAUCAAUACAUGUCGGUCUGUUUCUGCAGGGAUCUACAGUGAUGGCUGUCCAGCAGAAGCUUCUCUCACUAUGGGUGUGGCUGUUGCUCAUUGCAGCACUGUGCCCAGUACAGUACGUUUACAGUAAGCGUGGCGGUAGCUCCAAGGGUCGAGGAAAAGGUGAUGGUGACAAAGAGCCUCCCUCCCAAGGCCGAGGCCUCUCCAAGCAGGGCCUGAAGUUGGUGGGAGCAGCAGCAGCCGGUAUAGUGGGAGGCACAGGCACUGGGUUCGGGCUGGGGUUCCUCGGAAAGUCGAAGCAUGGUUCUGGGAAGCAUCACAGCCAUAAGACGGUUUCUGAGCAAGAUCAACGGCAUUACCACAACGAAGGCAAAGGGCAUCAGAACCAGUCUCUGUGGAGAGCCUUCGUCAACACGGCCGCCCCGACCCACGCGACCAACAUCUUUUUCACUUUUCGACAUGUGGUGUCUUUCCUUCUAGCAGCCUGGAUCAGAGACAUUUGAUCCAAACUCCGAUCACUGGGAUG